AUGCCCAUCGCUCGAAAGAAACCAGCCAAAUCGUUACCGAUCGUUGAUAAUCAACAAGCAUUUGCAUUAACAACUAAUAAUACACAUGAUAAUACAAAUUCUCUAUUAUUUGGUAGUUUAUUAAAUAUAACUGAACAUAAAAAUGAAAAACAACCGAUGUAUGAAGAAAAAGCAAAUUUACAAGUCGAUGAUACUAAUAAAGAUAACAUUCGUCAUAUUGUAUUAAAAGAAGCAGUAGGAUUAGAUUUUAAUUCAUUUUUACCUGGUAAUGAUCAAACUCAAAUACAUUUUAUAAGUAAUGUUCAACCACUAUCAAUAGCUUACGAAGCUGGUUUACGUGAUGGUGAUCGUAUUUUAACUGUUAAUGGUUUAGACGUAACAAAUACUAUACAUGAAGAUGUUCGAUGUAUGAUGUUGAAUAAAACAGCAUUACAAUUAACAGUUAUUCAUGAUCCAAAAUAUUUAAAACUAAUUGAAAUGAUUAAAUAUAAUCAAAAUAAAAUGAAUUCAUCAUCAUCAUCAAAUAAUGAAUCUAUGGAGCAAAAACAAUCUAAACAUUUAUUGAAUGAUUUAAAUAGUGUUCUAUUUAUUGAUGAUCAAGGUCCAGUUUAUAUAAAACAUUGUAUUAUAAAAAAAGAACCCACCAAGAAUACAUUAGGUUUUUUAUUAUGUUAUAAACAUAAUUUGCAUAUAAUUGAUUCAGUUCAAAUUAAUUCUCCAGCUUAUAAUAGUGGUUUACGUACUGAUGAUGUGGUUUUGUUUGUUAAUAAAAAGAAUGUUGAACGAAUGAAACAUAGUAAUAUUAAAACCCUUAUUCAAACAGUUGCAAGUUCAAAUCAAUUUAUUGAUUUAAUACUAAUUAAUAAAAAUGAUAUAAAAAGAUAUAAACACUAUCAAGAAAAAAACCAUAUUGAUUGGAAAACUAUUCUAUUAAAUAAUAAUGAAGACGAUAAAAAUAAAAAACAAACUGAACAGCAAUUUCUUUCUGCUGAUCAUCAUCCAUCGAAUAUUCCAUGUGAAACAUCAAUACUUUCUUUCCCUAUCGGCAGUCGUGUUUGUCAGUUAGAGACAUCGAAUAGUUGUGCAGCUGGCUUUACAAUUAGUAAUAUUGGUCCACCACCAUUUACCAUUUGUAAAAUCGAAAAAAACUCGCCAGCAGAAAAAGCUGGUUUACGACUUAAUGAUACAGUCUUAUCUAUUAAUGGAAAAUCAGUUAUUGAAACAAAUUAUAAAGAUACUAUUCAGAUAAUUACAGAAGCACUUCAACACAAAAUCGUUCAAUUUGUUGUUAAUGAGCAAUCAUUAUCAAAAGAAUAUGAAACAAAAAAGAAAAGUCAAUCAUCAGCAAGUGAUAGUAGUGGGAAUAACAAUCUUCGAAGCAGUGGCAAAGAAGAAGCAAACCAUGGUGCUAUAAAUGUUGUACAAGAGUAUCAAAGUUAUGUAUUUUUAGGAAAACGAAGUAAAGAACUAUCUUAUACAUUACGACUUUGUCAUUUAAAUGCAACAAAUACUGAUGGUACAUCGGCAACAACAUUUGGUUUUGAAAUAACUGAAGAUCCUCAAUAUGAAUAUCCAAUAAUAUCACACGUUGAACCAAAAUUACCAGGUGAACGUGCUGGUUUACAAAUACGAGAUAUAUUAUUAAAAAUAAAUGAUCACAAAACAAAAGGUUUAAGAUUUAAUAAAGUUAAAAAAGCAAUCGAAAAAGCUAAACAUGAUGGUCGAUUAGAAAUUCUUGUUGUUGACAAAGAAGUAUUUGAUUAUUGUAAACUAACACACAAAAAAUUCAAAGAACCUGAUAUUAAAGUGAAACAUAUUUUUCCAAAAAGUAAACCAUCUACAAGUUUUCUAAAAUUACCUACAACAGCUACAACAUCUUCACUUAUGUCACAAGAUAGUACAGAACGACUAAAUCAUGGUAUAUCUUCAUUUAAUGUUCAUCGUCUUUGUACACAAAAAGAAGUAACAUUUGAGAAUGAAGAAGAUGAUGCAAUCUCGCCUAAUAUUCAAUCAACAGUUAACUCUGAUAUUUCGUUACCGAAUAAUCCAUCUGAUACAACAAAACAUACUUCUUCUACUCACGAAACACCAUUAACAUCUAUUGAUCAUGUAUUGAAUUCAACACAACCAACAAAUGUUUCUUUAACAGAUCAAAAUGUAUCUAGUAGAAAACAACGAAAACAAAGUCAAACAUCAUCUGAUCAAUCAAUAAAAGAUUUUAUAUCACAUACAAUCGAUAAUUUUUUUCAACAUGUUGGAUCGCAAAAAUCAACUAAACCCGAUUAUGAUAUUCCUCUCCAACGAAUAAAUAAUUCAAAAACACUAACACCAUUACUACCAAUUAUUCACCAUAAUGAAAAUCUUUCUGAACAAGUUCGUCAUAUUUCACAAUCAUGCAAUACAGUUUGUUCAAAUCAAUCUAGUGCAUCAUAUGAUUAUAUUAGAGAUCCUCGUCGUUGUGUGCUUAAAAUAGAACCUAAUAAAGGACUUGGUUUUAUUCUUAGUGCCACUAAUGAUUAUGAUCAUACCAUUACUGCUGUUGAAAAAAAUUCUACAGCUGAUCUUGCUGGUUUACAAGUCAAUGAUGAAGUAGUCGAAAUUAAUGGUAUCUAUGUACACAAUAUUAAAUAUGAACAGGUCGUUGAUAUAAUUAUUUCUGCAAUGCAAACUAACGACACAAUUGAAAUGUAUGUUGUUAAUAGUCGUUCCAAUGAUGUUUAUCUAUCAUCAAUUGACACAAAUAAAGGAAAAAAUAUUGAUAAUUUAUUAAAUAACAAUAAUACAAAUAAUAAUAAUAAUAAUUUAAUGAUUUCAAAACAGACAACAACUGAUUUGAGUCAUGAUUUGUCGGAUAAAAAUCGUACAACUAGUCUGUUUGAUGGUCUUAGUCAACAAACAAUGAGUUCAAAUUAUCUUAAUUUACAGGGUCAAUCAGAAAAUUCAAAUAAGCUUGUUGAUCGCGGUCUCUAUGGAAGUUUACCAACACUGAGUACAGGAAUUACUGCUUCGCCUAAAGAUCUUCAUACAACAAAACUUACUUCAAUUUCAUCGACAAAAAACUCAGGUACCAAUCUAUUGAAUAUUUGUAUAAAAGAUGCACCUGUUGGAAGACUUUGUCGUAUUCGAAAAAUUCCUUCAUCACCUUUCUACGGUUUCUUUCUGAGUGGUGAUCGAAAAAAAUUAGGUCGAGUAUUUAUUUCUGAUGUAAAAAAGAAUUCAUCAGCAGCUCUUUGUGGAUUACGUGAUGGUGAUCAUAUUAUUGAAAUCAAUGGUACAAAUAUUAAAACAUUAACUUAUGAAACAAUAUUAAAUAAAAUAAAACUACACAUGGAACAUCAUGAUCUUGAAUUACUUGUGCUUGAUAAAAAAUCUUUACGUUGGUAUAAUGAACGAAAUUAUCCAAUAACAUUACGAACAUUACCAGCUAUUGUGCAUAUUGAACCUAUUAUUAAUGACAUGAAUUCUGAAACAGAAUUUUCACAAGCACUUGAUACAAAUACUAAAAGUGUUGAUUUUAUUGAUCGACAAGGAUCGACAACUAAUCUUUAA